AUGAGGUGCUCCUCAGAGUCACCCGAGGUGCCCACGAACCUGCUGAAGUGCUACACCGAUAUACUCUACGAGGGCUUGGGAAAACCCCACCAAGGCCUCCUGGCUGGAAGAGCUGCCAGAACAUACAGGCUUAAAUUACGGGUUGCAUGGGAUGUUGCCAAAGCUUCAGAGACGGUGGCGCAGAGCAGUAUGAAGAGUCGGGUGGAUCGGGAGACUCAAGACCGGAGUUUUGAAGUGGGAGACCAAGUUCUGGUUCUCCGCACUGGAGAGCGGAGGCCUCUAAGCACAAGGUCAUGGGCCCCUACAAAGAUUCUGGAAAAGAAGGGCCACAUUAAACUAUCUAGUGAUUGCGGCACUAGGCGGGCUAAGUGGCUCCACAUCAAUCUCCUUAAGCCCUACCACCAGAGGGGCGAAAUGGUGGGGACAGUCACCCAGGUUUCCUCACCCCAGAGUAAUUCGGAGGUCCUAGCCAAUUUUGAACUGAUCACUCCUGCACUAGAUACGGCGAAGAGAAAUGACAUCAGGGAAUUACUCCUUCAGCAUCCACAGGUCGUUAAACUACAACUCGACUUAGGUCUCAUUGAGGAGAGUGAGAGCCCUUGGGCAUCCCCUGUAGUCCUGGUGCCAAAGGAGGGGGGAGGAGACCGACUCUGCAUUGACUUUCGCAAGUUGAAUGCAGUGACCAAACCGGAAUCCUACCCGCUCCCGCGCAUCGAGGAUUGUUUGGAGAGCCUAGGCGAAUUCCCAUUCCUAAGUAAGAUAGACCUAGAGAAGGUUACUGGCAGGUACCAUUGGCCAAGGAGUCACGGCCCCUGA